AUGUCUUGUUUACCUGUUCGAGAUAAAGACUGGGUCGUGGGUGUCAAGUUAUCGGGAUCCCGAUUAAGUCUUUGUAGGCCAUUUGGCAACCGUAAAUGGUUCAACAUCGACUCCAUCCCGGAGGCUAUAAGCCCUUUUUCGAGUUUAAUGUUCUCCAAGAGAGAUCAAAAGUACUAUAUUCCAUCACCUGGAGGCAAGCACUUGUGCUCUUUGAAUCUCAAUUUCGAGGACGAAGAAGAAGACCAACCCGAGAUUAUUGACAUUGAAUUUGACCAACUUCCUAAGUCUGUGGUUGCCGAUUUGGAGGACGUUACUACGUGUUCCAGGGCCGACCACCUCGUGGAAUCACCCACUGGUGAACUUUUCCAUGUAAAGUGGUACGGUGAGGACUUGUGCGAACAUUACAAUGGGGUAUCAUUGAUGCACAAAACCCAACAGUUCAUGGUGUUUAGAGCAGAGGAAACAGGGGAUUGUGGAGAUGAUGAUAAGACUAUGGUCUACACAGAAGACAUAGGAGAUCUUUGCUUUUUUCUUGGACAUGGUGAGGCUUUGUGCGUCCCGGCAAGCUCGUCCCCUGGACUAAGGCCUAACUGCAUCUACUUUGUGGGCUACAGCUUUGGUGUUUAUGAUUUAACCACCAAAACUUGCACCAUUUUCUUCGGAGAAACCGGCGAAAACAAGACAGAACUAUUAAGGAACUUGGAAUUCCCUUACUGGCCUCUUCCACUUCCUCUCAAUUAA